UUUCUACGGUGCAUCGCCAUGGCCAUGUGCUGGCUGCUGGCCCUCCUCGCUACCACAUCAGCGCAGAAUGCUCCGACUCAAGCCAACGAGUUCAUUUAUGGCAAGGUGCGGACCGAUGGCAUCGAGUAUGCCUCCUUUGACGUGCGCCCCGGCACAGCGCAGGUCGUGCUGACGUUUGCGCGCAGUGACCUCCACGGUCGCGUGCCCCCCGUGCUCUUGCUCAAGCACGGUGGUCUCCCGACAACCACGGAUUACGACGUUCGCUUCAAUGGCACGUCCGAGUCGUACUGGCUCACGCAGACGAUCCCCGACCUUCGGCUCGGUCGCUAUUUUAUUGCUGUCUGGGGGGGCGCCCUUGAGAGCUCGAUCAUGGACUUUGGCAUCGGGCCGACUAUCAAUGUAUGGUACCACAUGGUUCUGCAAUUCCAAGGGUGUCUCGACACGACCCACCUCGGGUCCGAGUGCGCCUAUUUUGCGUGGCCCCUCGUGGCGUUUGCGCCAGAGGAGACAAGCACUGUCGUCAACGCCGCGCAAGCUGCGAGCAGUGCCAUGCCAAGUGCCUCUGGGUGCUUUGACCCGAAUCAGUUUAUCGCGUUGUAUGCUCUCGCACUCUCGCCCGAGGCAUCGUUCGCCAUUGACAUAUCACUCUCCAAGGCCCCGGGGACUCCCCAGUCAUUCUUCUACGCACUCUACCACGACCGUGCCAACCCGUUGGACGCGUCCACGGCUGCAUUUAUGAGCGGCCAAGGCGCCCUCGGACGCCGCACCUACCGCAUGAACGUUCUCUCGCCCCCCGAAGGGGUGUGGUACCUAUUACUUUACCUCGACACCCCCGACAUGACACUGUGCUCCAACUCUCGGGGCACCAAGUUCAACGUCACGUACACAGUCCAGGGCUGUAGUGCUUCCUUGACGACAGUGAACGACUGCAACACUGACUGGAUCCAGCUCGACGAAAUCAUUUUCAACCCUACGCGGUCCCUCAGCGUUGUCGACCGAUGGUACAUGGCAAGCAACCCUAUGGUCAACGUGUCAGUCACGACGUCGACCUACGGCUUGGGCUACACCAUGCAACUCAUACCUGAUAUGGCGGGAACGAACCUCGGUUUUCACGUGAUUGUGCCGGCAGCCUUCCCCGUCGCGUCGCUUGUCAUGCUCAUCGGCAUCGACGAGUACCCGUCCGAGGCGCGCUACGCCUAUCGCUUGGAUGGCGCGCGAGCAGCUGUGACAAGCGGGGUGUCAUCGAGUGUCAGCAGCGCGUUCACGAGCCAGAGCACUCUAGUACAAGAUGAGGUAGCGGCAGUCCAUUUGAAUGGAUCGGCUGUCACGCUCUCGUGGCCGCCCCUGCGCUUCCCACCUAUCGGAACGUGGUACAUUGCGGUCCAAACCACACAGUCAACAUCGUGGAUACAAGGUCUCGUGAUCCAAGCCCAAGGCUGCAGUGACAAUAUGUGCGGGGACUCUGGCUAUUGCGUGGCCAAGGCGACGUACCAGGGCCUCGCGUACUCGCGCUGUGUCUGCGAGUACGGUCAUGCUGGGCCGUUCUGCGAUCAAGUUGUCAUCAUUGAAGAGCAGUGGCACGGCUGGUUCCUCGUCAUCACCAACGUUGCCAUCGUCCCGACGACCGUUGCUGCGAUUCGGCGCCACCUUCACGUGGAAGCGGUGCUGUUCGGGUCACUUGGUAUCGCGUCCAGUCUGUACCACGCGUGCGACCUCAACUGGUUUUGCGCCCUGCCCUUUUCAACGUUAAUGAGCCUCGACUUUGGCCUCUCGUUCAACAGCAUUUUACUGUGCGUCUUUCACCUCUCUGGCGUGAGCUCCCGCGCCAAGGCAAUGGCGCAAGUGGUCGGUAUUGUCAUGCUAAUUGUCCUCCUCGCCAUCAACCCCACCGCGUCCAUCAACCUCGUAUUUGUCGGCUGCCUUGGUGCUGGUCAGCUCCUUGUCGCGUGGACGGGCUAUUUUGUAAUUGCAGCCUACCGAACGCGCUGGCGCGUCUCGUUCUACACAAUCGGCAAGCUCUUUGUCUUCCACAGCGACAACUUUAAUCUCAAGAUGGUCGGUCUCGGACUCAUUCUCUGGCUCGGCGCAUUGCUCUGCUGGUUCUUCAAUUCAUCGCCGUCCUACUGGCUGCUUCACUCGCUCUGGCAUCUAUUUGCCAUGUCGGCGGCCGGUGCCUUUAUCGUCGCCAAACGGGCCGAUACAUAUCGCAUCAUUGACAGCAACGGCGCCGACCUUUUGCGCGCGCUGCCGGAAGCCAAGUCGUCGAUGCGCAACGUGCUGGUCGCACCAUUGCCCACAGUACAAUUCGAGUCGCUCAAGGAAACCAGCGGGUCUUCUGUCGUCGUCGUUGACCCGUAGCGUACCAUCUUUAUAAAAACUCUUUCGUCAUCAAA